ACACCAGCUGAUAGGUUUAACAGCCGGCUCUGUUCUCCAUGUGGCUUGUGACAGUCUUAUAUGUGGUCUGCUGGUGCAUGUUUGCUGUCAAAUUGAAAUAAUGGAAUGUCGUUUGAGAAAAAUUACUCGCAACCGAGAUAUCCUUCGCAAAUCCCUUCUUCAGCAUAAUACUGUAUUCAAAUUCGCUGGCUUGGUAAAUGAAAAAUUUAGCUUGACUAUCCUCAUACAGUUUAUUGUGAGUACAUUGGUAGUGUGCUUUAAUCUAUAUCAAUUUACCAAGUCAACUGCGUUAAGAGCGAAAUAUAUGCAAUUAAUUAUGUAUAUGGGUUGCAUGCUAUCGCAAAUUUUUUUAUAUUGCUGGUACGGGAACGAAGUUAAGUUGAAGAGUCGUCAAUUGGUCAAUAAUAUAUUUGAAAUGGAAUGGUUUGAAUUGGAUAAUUAUACUAAACAAUCAUUAUUAAUGAUCAUGAGACGUUGUACGAUACCAAUCGAGCUUACCAGUGCCUAUGUUAUCUCUAUGAACCUCGAUUCAUUUGUUAAUUUACUUAAGACAUCGUAUUCAGCUUAUAACAUACUUCAGCAAAUAUACUUUAUAAAAAUGCGCAUAUUAGACUUUACAUUUAAAAUAUUGACGAUCUGCGGCUGCGGGCGACCGGAAUCCUGGACAACGCCGUACAAACGGUUAGUCUAUUACGUGUACACAAUUUUCAUAUUGCUACUAAUACACACGUUUAUGCUAUCGCAAUUGAUGGAUUUGAUUAUAACCGUGGACAAUUCCGACGAUUUUACCGAUAAUUUUUACAUGCUACUCGCAAUGAUUGUAUCUUGCUGCAAGAUGUUUGCUCUGUUAAUGAAUCGCAACAAUAUUGAGAUGUUAAUUAAUACUCUUACGAAAAAACCGCUUCAGCCGAUUGAAUCUGACGAAAUUGAGAUUCAACAGAAAUACGAAAGAUUAAUACAAUCAAAUACAUUUCACUACGUUAUUCUGGUCGAGACAACAUGUCUAUGCGUUACGGUAACGUCGCUAUUGACAGAAUUCAAAAAAGGCAAAUUGACAUUUCGAGCGUGGCUACCGUUCGACUAUUCGUCACCGCUACUGUUUCUCUUCGCAUACGCUCAUCAAUUGAUAAGUUUUACAGUCGGAUCUGUUCAUCACGUAGCUUGCGACAGUCUCAUAUGCGGAUUAUUAGUGCACAUUUGCUGUCAACUAGAGAUAUUGGAAUGCCGUAUAAGAAAAGGCACACAUAAUCCGAAAAUUCUUCGCGAUUGUGUUUUUCAGCACAAUCAUAUAUUUAAGUUUGCUCAUAUGGUGAAUGAUAAAUUCAGGAUAACUAUUUUUAUUCAAUUUGUUGUAAGUACGCUGGUAGUGUGUUUCAAUCUGUAUCAAUUUACCAAAUCAACUGCAUUAAGAGCAAAAUAUGUGCAACUAAUACUAUAUAUGUGCUCCAUGCUAUCGCAAAUCUUUUUUUAUUGCUGGUGCGGAAAUGAAGUUAAAUUGAGGAGUCGACAAUUGGUAGAUAAUGUGUUUGAGAUGGAGUGGUUUAAACUGAAUGAAGAUGCUAAGAAAGUUCUAUUACUGAUUAUGAGACGCGGUACAAUACCAAUCGAAUUUACCAGUGCCUCUGUUAUUUCUAUGAACCUCGAUUCUUUUGUGGGUCUACUGAAAACGUCGUACUCUGCUUACAAUAUACUUCAGCAAACACAAGAUUCAUAAUAUUAGACAUAAAAUAAAAAAAAAAGAAUUGGUAAUAUCUAAUAUAAAC